UACUUAAUUUUCAUUACUCUUUAAAAUUAAAAAAACCAACGAAAAUACGAAACAACAGUCUGCACUCUGCUGGGUCACACAGACACAGCUGAGUAGCUCACACUAUCUCCUUGAUAACUUCCGGAACCCGGCGAGAAGCAGGAGAAAGUUGGCCUGAACUAGCGCUCUGGCCGCUCUGGCCGGUGUAGCCAUUGAAUAUCAACUAAGCAUAGGUAUUUUCUUGCGUCUUAUUUGUGCUAAUUGCUGAAUAAAUUCAUCAUAAAUUAUAAUAAUUUUGUUGCAAAUUACUAUCAUUAUGUACUGUAAUUUGUCUAAGAAUCAAGCUUUACCUAUGGCAUUAAGGGUUUCUUCACAACCCAAUUCACUUCACACCUCAAAGAUUCAAUUUUUAUCACACGGGGUUUAUCCAAAACCCUCUUUAAACCCUAAUUGUACAAUUUUUGCUGCUCCUCUUUGUGGGUCUUCUCAAAGAGCUCAUAACGCGCUUCAAUUUCUUAAACCCACAAAAAAUCUGUUGAGUUUUGGUAAAAUUUGUGUUGAAUUUGGAUUGCCAAAGUGUGAAUUUAGGGGAAUUAGGAGUUUAUCAAGUUUGAAUAGUGCUGCUGAGGAUAGUGGUGUGGUUAGAGGUGGAAACUCUCUGCCUUGGUUAGAUGAUAGUAAAGUGAGGGAGGCGAGGAGGCCGGAGAGGCCUGAGAGAGUUGUGAAAGCGAAAGUUGGAAGUAAAUCAUCCUGGGAGGUUUCAGCUGAGAAGUUUCUUCAGAAAAGUGGGAGCUCAUCAGUUCAGGAUGAGAGAAGGAGGAGCAGGCCGGUUGACGUGGCAGAAAACUGGCAUAAGCCGCGUUUUGAAAGAAAUGAUAAUGUUGAGGAAAAUGGUGAUGAGAGGAGGAGGAGCAAGCGGUUUGACGGGGAAAAAAACUGGCAGAAGCCGCACAUUGAAAGAAAUGACAAUGGUGACGAAAAUGGCGAUGGUGAUAAUGAUGUGAUUGAUGAUUCUAGAUGGAAUAAGAUAAGGAUUAGGGCUAGUAGAGUGGUGAAUGCUAGAGUGGGUUUUGAGAAGCCAGAGGUGCGAAGGUGGAAUAAGCAAGAAAGUUGGGGUAAAAAGACUUUUAAAGAGGCAACUGAGUCGAGUGUUCCGAAGAUGGUCGGGGAAGGAGUUUACGGGGUUGGACCAGUUUUGGCCGCUUUAACUGCCGGAAGAAGAGAAUUCUAUACUCUCUAUGUUCAGGAAGGACUAGAGUUGAGUAAGAAUAAUAAGAAAAAGAAGGAUAAGAAGGGUUUUGAAAAGGUGUUGAAGAUUGCAGAGAAGAUUGGUUUAAGCAUUAGAGAGAUUUCCAAGCAUCAUCUCAACAUGGUCAGUGAUAACCGCCCACAUCAAGGUCUUGUGCUAGACGUUUCUCCAUUAGAGAUGGUGAACAUAAAGGAAUUGGACCCUGUCUCUGUUGAACAAGACCAGGGUGUUCUUUGGGUAGCUUUAGAUGAGGUCACUGAUCCCCAGAAUUUGGGAGCCAUCAUCCGAUCUUCAUAUUUCUUUGGAGCAUCAGGGGUGGUACUGUGUAGGAAGAAUUCAGCUCCUUUGAGUGGUGUGGUGAGCAAAGCCAGUGCUGGUUCACUUGAGCUGAUGGAAAUUAGAUCUUGUAAGAACAUGAUGCAAUUUUUGACAUCGUCUUCUGAAAAUGGUUGGCGAGUUCUUGGAGGCUCGGUUGCUUCUAGAGCUGUUCCCGUACGUGAGGUUGCACCAGGAGAACCCACUAUUCUUGUUUUGGGGAGUGAAGGAACAGGUUUGAGGCCCCUAGUUGAGAGGUCAUGUACUCAAUUGGUGAGAAUUCCAGGAAAUAUUCCCAUGGAUAUAUCACUGACAGGAGUUGGGGAUGAUGUGGAAGCUGACACGGAGAAUAAGUUGUCUGGUGAAGAGUUUCUGUCCUUUAUGGCUGUAGAGAGUUUAAAUGUCAGUGUUGCAGCAGGUGUUCUUUUGCAUCAUUUGAUUGGAAACAACUGUUCAAGCGAUAACCAAUCCAACCAUCAAGUUGACUUGGAUACAGAUGCCCUUGAUUAAGCUUAGAAUUUUGGCCUUCAAUUGUUUCAGGUUCAAACUGACAUGAGAUUGAGAGAACCCUCCCUUGUGUUGUAAUAUAGAUGUCAGCCGAGUCACCAUGUCAACACUAGCAGUCUUGCAGACACUUUGUUGCUCAACCUCCAAAAUUAAGAGUUGCUCUUUAAACUCCCUGCCUAAAGUCAGUGUAAGAAUAUUAUUGAAAUGGCAUGCUUUUGUAAGCCUUUAUAACAUUUUAUUCUUAUUGACUGAAAUAGGUAGAAAAUUGAUGUUUUCAGACCCCAAUUCUCUUAUCUAUGCAUAAAUGUUUCAAAUUCAAAUAUACUACUCCUAUGUAGGAGUUUUGGAAUUACUCUGUACAUCUGAAACAAAUCUCUUUAUAAGAUAUGAACACCCUUUCCUGCAUAAGCUAGCCAGCUAGG